UUUAUUACUGCUACGAAGUUGACCCACGCUAGUGUCGGUUAUCAUACAGUAAGAGAAUGUACUGUAUACGUGCAGAAUAACAACUUAAGAUUAUCGUAUAACAAUUGUUUACUUAAGUAGAUACUCAUUAGAUAAUUAAUUAUUGUUUAUUGAACAAUUGUUUAAGUACCAGAGAUACACCUCUAAGAUAUCAUUUCAACAAUAACAGCGAAACCUUAUUCAAAUUUAUUUCCACCGCAGAGAAUGCCAGUGAGUCUGGUGGAACCGAUCACGGCGCCCGUGCUGCUGGGCGAGGGCCCGCACUGGGACGAGCGGCAGCAGGCGCUUUUCUUCGUCAGCAUCCUCGAGUGCACCAUCCACAAAUACGUGCUGGCUACCAGACAGCACACCAAGACCAAACUUAAUGGUCGCGUCGGAUUCAUAGUGCCAGUGGAAGGUACCACGGACCAGUUCGUGGUGGGAUUGGAGCGUACCUUCACCGUCGUGCAGUGGGAUGGAGCAGAGGGCAGCGCAGUCACCGUGCUGCGGGAGCUGGGCACGGUGGACACGGACGUGGCGCCCGUCACACGCAUCAAUGACGGGAAGGCUGAUCCCAGGGGGAGGAUAUUUGCAGGUACCAUGGGCUACGAGGAGCCCCUGGGCGCCAUAGCGCCCGACCAGGGCUCGCUGUACCGCGUGGACGGCGGCGGCGUUACGAAGCUCUGCGGCGGCAUCGGCAUCUCCAACGGCCUGGCCUGGGACCUGCAGAGGAAGGCCUUCUACUACACCGACACCUUCGAGUACAACAUCCGCAGAUACGACUACGACGUGGACACGGGGGAGAUCUCUAAUCCCAAGCACAUUUUCGACCUGAAAAAGAACAACAUCCAAGCCGGCCCGGAUGGUACCACCAUAGACAGCGACGGCAAUCUUUGGGUAGCUCUAUUCAGAGGCGGCGCUGUCAUCAAAAUCGAUCCGACCACAGGCAAGCUGCUAGAUAAAGUGCCCAUACCCGCGCAUCAAGUGACGUCCGUGACAUUUGGUGGCCCCGACUAUGACAUACUGUUUGUAACUACAGCCAGUCUGGAAAUAGAAGGGGUGAAACAGAAAUACCCUUGUGGAUGCACCUUUGCGGUGACAGGAUUGGGCGUUAAAGGGUUGCCAAAUGCUAAUUUCAAGCUGUCGUAAUUAUGAAGAUAUUAGUUCCUGCACACACGUAACGUCGAGCUGAAAACCCUUAAACUUGUCAAUGUAAAAUACUACCAGGUAUACGGUACACCCAUAUAAAACUGUUUCAUCAAUCUAAAGAUGAUUUUACUAGUUUAACCUUCCUAUUGUAAUAAAAUAGAACCGACUAAGGCCAGUGCCUACAAUAAUAAAAAAGUACAAAAAAAAGCUAUAUACAUAGAAUUAAGAUCAUACAGAAUCCUCAUUCAGCUAUUAUUGCAUGCAGCGCAUUGUGACCAAAAACAGUGAAAACGCCCCACGAAUAUAUACUUACUGUUAAAUAUCGCAAUUAAUAGAUACCACUCAAUACAUUUUAGUUAUUCGCGUAGUUUUUUAAAAACAGCCAUGUUGUCAUGGCGAAAAGUAUUGUACAUUUUUUAUUUAUUAAUCUCAGUGUUGUUGCAGAAUUGCGCCCCAAAUUAAUCAAUUAAAUCCAAAAAUUUCAGAUGCCAGAUUAGGAGCCUUAUCUGUAGAGAAGUGUAGUUACUGCACAACACUACUAAAUUUAUAGGUUUAUGUAUUUAUAUUAAAAUUAUUUACUUUUUUGUUUUCUUUCAUUAACACAAAAUAUAAUGUGUUAUGUACUUAUGUCUACUUUGCACAUCAGCGUUGAGCAGGUGAUAGUGCCCACGUGGGGGCGUGGCAAGGCUAUUAAGCUUGGGUACACGUAUUUUAUAACGGCUUCCAGAUAGUAAUUUUUAAAAUAUCACUUUUAAGUGAUUCCUUAAAUGAUUGUGGAUAAAUAAACGGUUGUAAAAAUUG